AUGCCCAGUCCCAUCCAGUCCUCCUACAGGCAAGAAGAGCGUUGCCCCGCCCUGCCCGGCCCCCUUGCGACCGCGCAGGCGCUGCGGCCCCGCGGGGUCCCGGCGCUGGUGCGCGGCCAUGGGCGGCUCCCGCCGCCGCUGCCGCCGCCCGCCCUCGGCCCCGCAGGCGCGUCCCGGCGCUCCGGCGGCAGCAGGUCUGUGAGUCAAAUGUGUGUGGAAAAGUCACUCAUUUUCGGAAGUAACAUCCCUUAUUCUACAAACAUUGUUUCUGAUCCUGGUGGACAUGAUCUGCUGUUCUGUGUGCAGUUGGAUGACCCAAAGCUGAACUAUUUUCAACAGCCACAGGAUAUCGAAGAAUCUAAUUUUGUGGAGUUCUUAGAGAAGUAUGGCAGGCACUCUUUCUUAGCACCAUCACAAGUUCAGCCAUCGUUCUCUGCUUUUUACCGUGCUGGUGAUCCAAUCCUAAUCUACUUUGAUUCUUCAUCCGUAUUGAGCAUGCUUAGACAGCCAGUGAAAAUGGGACCCAGUGGACUUUGUGUUGAUGGAAAUCCUGCUGGCUUCCUGGACAGUAAAAGCACAAGCUGUACUCGGAUUUUUGCCCACUUGAGCAAGAGCUGUGUGACUGACCCUGCUCUAGAUGCUGCUUCCUACUACCGUGACUUCACUGUGCUAAAGGUCCCAAUUAAUGACACUAUUAUGCAGUCCAUGAAGGUAAAUGUCACUGCAGUCUCACCACCUGGAGCUCCCCACAUGAAGGACGACACAUGCAUCAAUGUUGUUUCUGAGGUGAUCUAUGAUAUAGAAUAUAGUGGCACAACUGGAAUUCAGAGUGUUUCUGUCCAGUUCAAAGUGAGCAACAUCUCUGGGAACUUCAGAUCCUCUCUGCAGCAGCGCUUCACCAUGCACUUCUGGACCAGGACUCUUUCUCAUAUGUUGCCUAGAAGUGGAAACCCUGGCUAUAUCACGGGAGCACCACUGUUGAUUGCCAACAGUGGUGUCAUGCAACACAUGAGCAUAUUAAGGAGUGAAAGUGAUGGAAGCUGUUCACAGUUCCUCAGACACACAGUACAAUUUGGAAGGAAUAUGAGAACAGGCUGCAAAAUCAGCCUAUCCCCAAUACUGGAAGACAGUAACUGUAGUUACAUGCAGCAAAAGUUAUACGAGGCUUUUCAAGGGAUGAACAGAACAGGAGACUUUGCUGUAACUGGCAGUGCUCAUUCAACCCAGGCAGAAGAGUGGAUGACCAUUCUGAUUCAGAACUGCAGUGUGCAGGCUGUGAAUUGCACUUCCUGUUGUAUGGUUCCUGUGACCCUGGAGAUACAGAUAUUGUGGACUAGAGUGGGCCUCCUGUCCAACCCACAAGCUCAAAUACUGGGUGCACGGCAUUUCUACCAGUGUCACCCCCUCAAGUUUCUAAACAUGAGCAUGGUACCUGUGUCAACUGUUGUUACCUUCACUGACAUGACAGAUUGGCCAGAACCUCCACGAGACCAGCCCCAAAUGCACUGGAAACUCCCAUUUGACAUCUUUUUCCCAUUCAAGGUGGCCCUGAAUGUAGAAAGAAGUUACAGAGGUGAUCUGGCUGGGUAUUUAUUGUUGAUUCUGAUAAUGUCUAGCAUUUUCUGCUUUUGAAAAUAGGUGGAGUCUGUAUUUAAUGUUUGGUGAGUAAAUUGAUACAUUCAGGAUACAAUCCAGAUGAUGGACUUUGGUCAUCAGGUUUUAUACCAUGUUUGUGAUACCUAUGAGCCUUCUGUUCUUGGAUAAGCCAUGUGGACAGUUUGUCCUCUCAGGUCCCUAUUCUCUGUGUGUGAACCAUCUGUGAACAUCACUGCAGUGACACACUUGAGAAAUGUAGAGAUCCAGGGGCAUUGCAUUAACGAAGGACAAGGAGGAGAACCUUAAAAUUAUUAGUCUGUGUCUCCAGAAAUGAGGAAUGCUCUCUAAAAUAGGGAGUAUGGAGAGAGAAGCAAAGUUCAAUCAAAGCAUUUUGGAGCUGCUUUCAGUUAGCUCCCUGUUGGAGAAGCACCUGAUUUUUCUAUAUGGAAUUAACCGAAGAUUUAAAAUAAAGGUGCUCUCCCUGGUGGCCUGAGUUUUUAUUUUAUGAGUAGAGAUGUGUGCCAAUCACCCCUAACCUCUCCUUGUUAGAUGAUGACAACCACACCUCUGACACUUUUUUGUACCUUGCUUUUCUGUGUCUUUUCAAAUACAGCUAUUCACUUGAAAUUUUCAUGGUUUAAUUAAUGUUUACAUUAGCAACAGUGUUGCACAGAGCAAAGUAAUUGUAAAUGCCACAUACCCUGAAAUAAAGUUGCAUUUUCAUGGUUUGUCAAAACAUC